CCUCACUCUCCUCGACCAGAACACCUCCGCCAUCCUCGACUCGCUCGACAUCUCCGAACCUCGAAGCGUUUACUGUCAACUACAGCCGCCACGGGCCUGUAUCCCUCACUUUCUCUCGACAAUCCUGCCUCAUCCCCUUCCUUUCGCGAUGAACGAUAACGCCGCCGCCGGUCCGUCCCGCCCACGCCCACGCGGCGCACACCCCUCCCACCGCCCAGACAGCACCAAGCUCCGGCCACCCGCGCCGCCGCCGCCCCGCGUCAAGGAGGCCACGCUUCCGAUCAAGGUCCUGCAGGGGCAGGGCGCGCGGCGGACGGACACGCAGCGGCCAGGCUUUGGGCGCGACACGAUCUUCGUUACUCGCAAGACGUCCUUGGGUAGUUUGUUGGGGCGCGCGAAGGGGCUGGUUUUGGACGAGGGGUACACCCACAUCACUCUGUACGCCCUCGGCGCAGCAAUCCCGCACGCUCUCCUCCUCUUGCAUGCCCUUCUCGAUGUGCUGCCUUACCCGACCGGCCCCAACGGCGUGUGGUACGAAAUGGAGACGGGUAGUGUGGUCUGCACGGACGAGAUGAAGGGAGCAGUGGAAGACGACGAGCUCGCUGGACUUGGGGCAGUAGAGGAGGACAUGCCAGAAUAUAGGGAACGGACGAAAUCCUCCCUCCGCAUCGAAGUCCACGUCUCUCCCAAGCACGCGCCAGUUGUCGUGCCCGCCCACCCACAGCGAAAGAAGGUUACGCCGCGGGGCACGACGGAGGCGCCGAUCCCGAACCGCGGGAACCGCAAACGGCGCGAGCGGGCCAAGGCCGCCGUGCGCGCCGCGCGCCGCGAGGCGGCCGCAGCAGCCGACGAGGAGGACGCGAUGAACGGAUAGGAUGCCGUGAUCCCACGCAAUGGGGAUGGCACGGAUAGGUUGGGCCAUGAAUGCACUUUAGCCCAGUAGCCCAGGAGAGCGUGACAAUACAUCGCUGGGCCACAUUGCGACCCAAGCUUAUGGGGACCGGUGCGGUGAGGAACGCUGGAAACGGCUGGGUCGACGCGGCCCAUCGGAUCGCGUGCGGGUCGGCGUGCCUUGCGUCAGAAUCCGGCACGGCUACUUCAGUCACCUGGCUCGCAUCUGCAACUGGCCGCCUGCGUGCAGCCUGCAAGACGCAGGCCGCAACCUGCAACUUGUCUUCCGACACUGGUUGAUCUUGCCGCGGAAACGUGCCGGCCGGACGUGUCCGGCAACUAGCGUAGGUUAGGAGCGUG